AUGCAAAGUGUAGCAAAGGAGAAAGGACUCUCAGUCUCACAAGCAGUAUUCCCCAUGAUAGGAUCAAUCCUAGGAUCAGGGAUUUUAACACUUCCACGGGCAGUUGAAUUCUCGGGUUAUAUGAUAUCCGGGCCCAUUCUUGCCUUCAUAUCAGCGAUAUGCGCCUUUACCUUGUUCCAGCUCGUGCACUGUGCUAAGAACUUAGACGACAGCGAUCCCUCGUAUUUCAAAGUGUGCCAGAACACAUUCUCUCUGCUUGGAUACAUAGCAGAAGGAAGUAUUGGGGCGCAGGGCUUUGGCUCUAUUUUUGUCUACUUCUUAAUUCUUCGAGGAUGGAUCUCGGGCAUGCUUGGGAUCGAGGAGAAAAUAAAAAGUUUUCCAUACAAUGUGCUGUUCAGCAUAGGACUUAUUCUUUUUCCAACGUUCCUAGCCAUGCAAAAGAACCUGAAGAAGCUUGGAGUUAUGUCGAUUCUCUCCACUAUUUCAGUUUCAUUCCUUUCGCUUAUUGUCUUAGUAUCGGGAGCCCUUGCUCUUUUUCUUCCAGACAACAACAUCAAGCGGGAUGUGCUGAAGAAAACAACUAGCAGCCCUGCUGACAUCUUUGCAGCGCUUUCAUGCUACAUAUUCGGUCUGGGGUGCCAGCAAAACAUGGUGCGUGUGUUUUCUCUUAUGGAAAAGCCAACAAAGGCAAACGGUGCUAAAGUAGGCAGCUAUGCAAUUCUUGCUGCCUCAAUUGCAUACUUCCUGGUUGCAAACGGUGGAUACAUUGCAGGCGGAAACGGUCAAGACAGGUCCACUCUGGACAUACUCAUGGACAAGGAUAGAUACUUUUACAAGGUUGUCCACAGCAACUUUGGGCCCGGCAUGGGAGAUAUGUACUUCUAUUUGAUUUCUUUGUCUAAGAUGGCCAUGUCGGUUGUGCUGCUUGGGGCAUAUCCUCUGCAGAUGCACCCGACAAGAGACUCUGUAAUCUCCUUCCUGAACUUAUUGGCUAAAAAGCAGAUCGAAAGCAACAGGCGGCUUACUGAGAUAGCAGUUACUGGGGUGAUAACCCUUGCAAUUUUCCUUCUUUCCUUCGGUGACUUCAAGUACACCUUUGUAAUGAACUUAAUUGCAAACACUGCUAGCUGCUAUAUUAUGUUCUCUCUUCCCAGCAUUGCAUACAUUGCAUCGCAAAAGAAGAAGCUUUCUUUUACUUUGAUUUCAUGGGGUAUACUAGUAGGAAGUAUUCUGUUCUCUCUUUUUGGAACAUAUAACUUAUUUGCUGUAUAA